UGAGCCCAGAAAUAUAAUUUACUUUAGAAAAUUGUGAUUUUGCUACAUAAGCUUUAUCUUUCAGUCCAGUCUUUUACAAUCAGCCAUUAGCUUAGCAUUAAAUAUUAUCAGUAGAUUUAUGCAGUAACCACUUUAAUUUGUGUAUAGAGCCAAGGGGCUUGUGGAUUUCUGCAAAAUGACAGGAGGCUGAUGAGUUAAUCAAGUAUAAUCACAUAAAAUAAAUAAAAUAUUAAAUAAUUACAAAUUAAUUUUUCCACAUAAAUAAAUGAAUUUACCUUAACAGCCUGAGUGAGGCUUGAACUGGGGACUUCUGGAGAUUUGUUUACUCUGGUCUCUUAAUACAUGUUAUAUUGAUUGUUAUUGAGAAAAACAAAAGGCAUGUAAACUAAUCUGUCUAAUACACAUGUUGUAUAUUGGUAAUGAUCAGUUUUUUUACCUUACAGAUAAUUUGUGAUGCCCCAAUUGAAGACUUGGUUAGAGAGCUUAGAAAAGUGACAUUGAAGUAAUCAUCAGAAAGGAAGUUUAUUUCUUGGUCUUGUUGGAGAGCCUUCUUAGACAUUUACUAGUACUAUUCCAAACAGGAAAAUAUCAUCAGCUCCUAACUAGGAUUGAGUAUUGUACAUAGAACAUCCUGUGAAAAUGGCAGCGGAAAAAACAUUGUCAUUGGUGUUAAUCAAAGAAGAGGAGGAGGGUCUUAUUGAAAACACAGGUGAAGGCUCUUCGUUUACAGACCCCUUAGAAAUAAAAGCAGAACCAGAAUUUAUAUACAGUAGUGAAUUUGACAUGAACUGUUCAUCCCAAUCCAUUAAGAACGAGGACGACAGCUCUCCAAGCUGUGAUGAUGAAAGCAGAAAGAUCUGUAUUGCAGAAGAAAAUAGACAUUUGGGUAGAAGCAGCACGGCAGGGAAGCAAAUAACUUGUAAUGAAUGCCAAAAGACAUUUUCACAGAUGCACCAAUUGAAAUCCCACAUGAGAACUCAUACAGGAGAGAAACCAUAUACUUGCUCUAUAUGCCAAAAAAGUUUUUCUUAUCAAAGUCAUCUCAAAAGACACAUGAGAACCCAUACAGGAGAGAAACCUUAUACUUGCUCUGUAUGUCAAAGAAGUUUUUAUGAGUCAGGUGCUCUCACAAAACACAUGAGAACUCAUAGAUUAGAGAAACCAUAUACUUGCUCUGUAUGCCAAAGAAGUUUUUAUGAAUCAGGUGCUCUCAUAAAACACAUGAGAACUCAUAUGGGAGAGAAACCAUAUACUUGCUCUAUAUGUCAAAAAAGUUUUCCUCAAUCAGCUAAACUCAAAUAUCACAUGAGAACUCAUACGGGAGAGAAACCAUAUACUUGCUCUACAUGUCAAAGGAGUUUUUCUCAAUCAGCUAAUCUCAAAUAUCACAUGAGAACUCAUACAGGACAGAAACCAUAUAUUUGCUCUAUAUGUCAAAGAAGUUUUUCUCAAUCAAGUGAUCUCACAAAACACACAAGAACUCAUACAGGAGAGAAACCAUAUGCUUGCUCUAUAUGUCAAAGAAGUUUUUCUCAAUCAAAUGGUCUUAUAAAACACACAAGAAUUCAUACAGGAGAAAAACCAUAUACUUGCUCUUUAUGUCAAAGAGGUUUUUUUCAAUCAAGUGCUCUCACAGAACACAUGAGCACUCAUACAGAAGAGAAACCAUAUACUUGCUCUAUAUGUCAAAAAAGUUUUUCUCUUCAAAGUUAUCUCAAAAAACACAUGAGAACUCAUACAGGAGAGAAACCCCAUACUUGCUCUGUAUGUCAAAGAAGUUUUUAUGAAUCAGUUUCUCUCACAAAUCACAUGAGAACUCAUACAGGAGAGAAACCAUAUACUUGCUCUGUAUGUCAAAGAAGUUUCUCUCUUCAAGGUAAUCUCAAAGUACACAUGAGGACUCAUACAUGAGAGCCCCAGGGUGGGGCGGGCCCAUUGCACCGCUGAUAUAUGCAAAUUGAAAAUUAAGAGUAACAUAAGCCAGAGAGAUAUAAAGGUGCAACCAUAGACUGCAGGCUGGGCCCCAUUG